AAAGAACCACAUACCUUUUCACCAACAGACGUUUAUGUGCAAGUGGGGGAGAGAGAGAGAGAGAGACAAGUACAAAGAAGAAGCCAAAACAAAGGAAAGGGGGGAGCAGAAGAAGGAAGCCCUAAACCAAUAAUUUAUUGAGCUUUCAUUCUUUUUCUUUUCUGGCUUCCUCAAUAUCACAUUGUUAACAUCUUUGUUCGCAAUUAUUGAAGGUGCCAGCAAUGUUCAGCACUGUAGAGAGAGGAAAAGACAGCGAUAAAUACAAGAAGAAACACAAGUAAAGAGCACAGUAGACUUCUGCAGAAGAGGAAGAAAGAAACCCUAGUUUCAGGAACUGGUUUGUUUGGCUAUGGCAAACUCCAAGGGACCAUCUAGCAUUAGAAGUGUGUUGUACAAUGGGAAGAAUUCUUUACUGCCCCCUAAAAGUCCAUUUCCUAGCAUAUCACCAUCCUAUGCUGAAUAUAUACCUAGUUCAGCAAUUGGUCCAAAAACUCUUCCAAAGCCCAGGGAUGGAAAUUCACACCAUCAGCGAACUUCAUCUGAAAGUUUUUUGAUAGAGGAACAGCCUUCUUGGCUGGAUGAACUCCUUGAUGAGCCAGAAACACCUGUACGGAGAGGGGGUCAUCGCCGGUCAUCAAGUGAUUCCUUUGCAUAUAUUGACUCAGUUAAUGCCGGAAGCAUGAAUUAUGCAGCUCAAGAUGAUAACAGGUUCAAGAAUAUGACUCCACUGUCUUCAUGGGGAUCUCAAGACUUUGAUAUUUAUAGGGAUGCAAGGCAAAGCUCUUUCUAUGCAGACCAAAAUCCUUCGAUUAAAACUAAGCACAAGCCAUGGGAUGCACCUGUUGCUCCUCCUCGUGGCCUUCCUUCUCCCAGAGGCAAUACCCUUGUUCAAAAUGUAGGAUCAUUGGGCACUUCUCAAGACGCAGAUAAGAAUCCAUCUCUGUCGACGGAAAAGCAGGAUCUGGUUGAAUCGGUCCCUCAAGAUCCGAAAGGAUCCACUGAGAAAAAGGACUCUUGUCAUGUCAAAUCUUCAGAAACAGACACGAAACGUGCCAAGCAGCAAUUCGCACAACGUUCACGGGUGCGGAAGCUCCAAUACAUAGCUGAACUUGAAAGAAAUGUCCAAGCUUUACAGGCAGAAGGUUCUGAAGUUUCUGCUGAACUCGAAUUCCUCAACCAGCAAAAUCUCAUCCUGAGUAUGGAGAAUAAAGCACUGAAGCAACGUUUGGAAAGUUUAGCUCAGGAGCAGCUUAUCAAGUAUUUGGAGCACGAAGUGCUGGAGAGAGAAGUGGGAAGACUACGGGCCUUGUUUCAGCAACAACAGCAGCCACUCCAGCAGACAUCUUCUGGCCAUCGACGUGCCAACAGCAGAGAUCUUGAUCAACAAUUUGCUAACCUCUCCCUCAAGCCCAAGGAAGCCACUGCUGGUCGCGACUCUGUUCCUGGCCAACUUCAUAUGUAGACUGAUCUAGCUUCACCUUUUGCUGUGUGCCCUUUAUCCUAACCAUCCUCAAUGGACAAGCCAUGCCAGAUGACAUAAAGCAGCUUUUUACCUUGCAUGGGAUGAAAGCCAGGCAUGUCCUGCGGUCCUUGCUCGUAUUUCCCGUUUUUAUUUCUCAUCCUGUUUUUAUUUGUAAGUGACGGUUUUCCCUGCUAAGCUUAGUGCCAUGUGCACCUGGUGGUCUGCCGGAUCAUACUAGUUCCGGCCAGUGACUCACCUGAGGUGGUUAUCUAAACAUAAUCGCUAGCAUGUCCUUGUAUCUCAAGUAAUAAAUAUUUGGUUCCCUCUUGCCUCCUGGGAGGUGGUUGUUGCUCCGCAAGAACUUUUAAGGUUUCUCAUAGUUUUUUCAGUCAUUUACUUAGUGAUGUACGUGUAAUCUUAGAGGGAAAGUUUCUGAGUUCCCAUUUGUUGGUCCACCAAUUUAUGCAGCUUUUGUUUGUUGAUGAUCAACAA